AUGGCCAUCAACUUUGACACCGGAUCAUCGUCUCCUGCUAAUCUGAAAAAACAAAAGAAGCACUUGAAGAAAUUGGUUUCGGAAGUUGAAGAACUUGCAUGCUUAGUAGAUUCCCUGGAUAAUUCUACCGAACGUAUCCAAGAAAUCGUUACCAUUCUCGAAAAAAACAGCAAGAAAUCUAAGCCUAAACCACAAACGCCUUCUCAUUGUUCUUCCUUUUGCUGUGUUGUUGGUACAUCAAAAAAAUCUUCCUUCCGAGAUGCUUCGAUAUUCCAAUGCGUUUCUUGCAAAGCUGCGAUUCAUGACGUUUGUGCACUUUAUGUCACUGAAGAAGAUCGAGUAUUGAAGGACCAGUCAAAUGUGCAAUGCUUAGAUUGUCGUCAUGGCAUCAUUCUUUCAGUUCCCGAUCGCCUCUCUCUUGCCCUUGAGAUUCAGAAGACGUUGGCCGAGCAGCUCCGUCAAUCACAGGAUUUUUUGGAAAUCGCUGAAACUGAACGAUUCGAACUGGAGCAGCAGCUGAAGGGAUCCCGUAUUUCGACUGAAGUUUCCACUCGACAACUUCUUGAAGCGGCUCUCAGAAGUAUUGGAUGCGAUAGUCGCAUCUGGUACCAAGAUCUGACGGGAAACCAGGCUAGAAAGUUCCUUCGCCCUGCUUCAAUCGACAAAGUUCUCUCGGUUUUCAACAAAAACAGCAAAAGGGCUCCAACUGCUUCGGAAACUGAACAAAUUGAGUUGAUGAGAGAUGUGAUGAUGGAUCUCGCUUCUUUGAUGUCGGCUGCUUCAAAUUCCGUAAAAGAUGACGAUGAAAUCGAUGAAAUCGAAACAGUUUUAGAGAGAUUCAUUCAGAAUCUUCGACGUGCUCAACCAGAUGCUUCUGUAACUCCAAAGCUCCAUUUAUUGUCGGCCCAUCUCAUCCCGUAUCUGAAGCGUCAUCGUAGUUGGGGGAGAGUCACAGAACAAGGAAUCGAGAGCUUGCACGCGCUCAUCAACAAGCUCAACGUCCGAUUCGCGGCUGUCCGUGAUCCAAUUCAUAAGGCAACUCUCAUUGUUGAUCAAUUAGCUCAUUUUAAUCUCAUUUUCGAUGUUGGAUCUUCUUGGUUCAAGGAGGAGUAG